GCCAUACUGUGGAACAUUCUAAAGUUAUGUAGUGUAGUUUAAAAAAAAAAACAAAAAGAAACAUGCCAUUCAUCCAGAACAUCAUGUUUUUAUCAUUUAAUAACUUUAAUAUGUUACAUUACAAUAAUAUUUCAUGGACGUCUGUAGGUAGUUUAACACAUUUGACUGAAUUUUCUGUCCAUCUUUUCCAUGUUUAAAAGUUCUCUGUAGUUCUUCUUCAGCACUAAACCUUGUAUGUGUUUGUCAUGCACACGUGUGUCCUGUAGGGGGCGACACACUGGGCCUGUGGUUGGUUACACUGAUGUUUAUGUUUGAUGAUAGAUAUGUUGAGGGCGUCUGAAGGACAGGGGAUGCGCCUGCCCAAGAUCAGAGCCGCACAGAGGAGUACGCUCACCAGUAUACUGCAGUUUCUAGAGUCCCGUCCUGCGACUCAGGUCCCUCGCUCUCACCGCACCCCAGGGCUCCAGACGCCCCGCCCCGGCGCCUCCUCUCCUCUCUGCCCCACGGCACGCACGGCAUGCUGGGAAAACGCAGCUUCCACCAUCACAGCCGCACCGACCCCGAGAGACGCUCAGAAAAUCCAAGUACAACAGGAGGACCUCUGCACAACGGGCGCAGCAGCUCCAGCGGAAACACCAGAGGAGGAGUCAUGAUCCGUAAGAGGCGUCCCAACUGGAUCGACGCGCCGGACGACAGCUUUUUCCUCGUCACCAGGGAAACCAGGAGGGCCCGGAGGUUACUGACCCGCUCCCAGCUGAGACGCGCCUGUCGACAGCCCUGCGAGCAGAUCACCCUCCGCAGGGUCUCCCAGGGCGCUCCGCAGGGGCUGGUGCUGGCCCCGCCCCACCCACACCCCAGUCUGAGGAUGAGGGGGCCCAUCGUCAUCCACGACUGAGUCCAGGGUCCAGGACCACCCGCAAAAUCAAAUAUGAACAAACUGCAACUGACAAAAUCAGCGUAAACAAACUAACCAACAAGGACUGUCCGAGAAAGUCAAAAACGUCAACAACAAAAACAUGAUCUCACUCAGACAAGCAAAACAUCAUCACUAUUUACAGGAUCUGCUGCUGACAGUGGUUUGGCAAAACUCUGACUAAAGAAGCACCACGGUUCAGGUGAGUCCCACACCUGCUUGUCUCCGUGGAGCUGUUACUGCUCUGGAAAAGAAAACUUGAAACUGAAUAAAUGCAGCUUAAAUCACUUGUAUUUAUCUUGCAUUUAUUCAAUUUUAAGUGUUCUGUAUGGUGGCACUUUUACAUUUCACAACUGUGGGGAAGCUGAGUGGUCAAAGUAUCAGGCAGAUGCAACAACAAAAAAAAUCUUUCACCAGACAAAAUUAUUUUAAAACAGACUUCUGGAGUUCACCUACAAAAGUACAAAUAAACAGAAAAUUAGUAACUCAAAUCAUAAACCAUUAAACAACCUGAACAGAA